AUUUCUCUGAAUCUUUCAAACCUUGGCAGAAUGGCACGACAAGAUUCCACCACAAUCAUCGACUAAAAAGAUUCUCUCGCCAUGAAUACUCGUGUCCUCGUCUCAACUUCACUCGUUCUUCUUCUCUCCCUCCUACUGUCACUUCAUCUCCACAAUAAUCACAAUGAAUCCAGCUGGAGCAACCGAUUAUGGUGGUUAUCAUCGAAAUCAUCCUUCUCUUCAGGAAUUGCUGAUGCUGACCUGUUGGUGACGAAUGGGACGAUAUACACCAGCGAUUCCUCUCUCACUUUUGCUAAUUCCAUGGUUAUUCGUGACGGGAGAAUAAUCCGUAUUGGCAACUAUUCGUUUGUUCGGGAAAUGUCUGGAUAUGGAACAAAAGAGUUAAAUCUUGAGGGAAAAGUUGUUGUUCCUGGAUUUAUUGAUUCUCAUGUCCAUUUGCUUUUUGGAGGACUCCAGAUGGCACGGGUAGAAGUUCGAGGUGUCAAGACAAAAAAAGACUUCAUUGAAAAGGUUAAAGAAGCAGUGAAAAAUGAAUCCAGCUGGAGCAACCGAUUAUGGUGGUUAUCAUCGAAAUCAUCCUUCUCUUCAGGAAUUGCUGAUGCUGACCUGUUGGUGACGAAUGGGACGAUAUACACCAGCGAUUCCUCUCUCACUUUUGCUAAUUCCAUGGUUAUUCGUGACGGGAGAAUAAUCCGUAUUGGCAACUAUUCGUUUGUUCGGGAAAUGUCUGGAUAUGGAACAAAAGAGUUAAAUCUUGAGGGAAAAGUUGUUGUUCCUGGAUUUAUUGAUUCUCAUGUCCAUUUGCUUUUUGGAGGACUCCAGAUGGCACGGGUAGAAGUUCGAGGUGUCAAGACAAAAAAAGACUUCAUUGAAAAGGUUAAAGAAGCAGUGAAAAACUUGAAAGAAGGUUCUUGGUUGUUGGGUGGUGGAUGGAAUAAUGAUCUUUGGGGAGGAGAAUUGCCAUCAGCAUCUUGGAUUGAUGAUAUCACACCUCAUCAUCCUGUAUGGCUUUCAAGAAUGGAUGGCCACAUGGGAUUGGCUAACUCUUUAGCUCUAAAAUUAGCUGGAGUUACAAGUAACAUGCAAGAUCCAGUUGGUGGAACUAUUAGCAGAAAUGCAAAUGGAGAACCUACAGGCCUUAUGAUUGAUUCUGCAAUGAAAGUUGUUCUUUCAUGCAUUCCAGAAGUUUCUGUUGAAGAAAGAAGGCAGGCAUUAGAAAGAGCUAGUAGGUAUGCAUUGAUGAGGGGUGUCACAACAGUUGUUGAUUUUGGAAGAUAUUUUCCUGGAGCAUCAUUAGAACAUUCAUGGGAAGAUUUUGAAGAUGUUUACAAAUGGGCUGAUUUAUCAGGAAGAAUGAUGAUUAGGGUUUGCCUUUUCUUUCCAAUGCCAACAUGGUCACGUUUGCUUGAUAUAAUAGAAACAACAGGGCGUAGGCUGAGCCAGUGGAUAUUCUUAGGUGGUGUUAAAGCCUUUUCUGAUGGAUCCUUAGGAUCUAACAGUGCACUUUUUCACGAGCCAUAUGCUGAUGAGCCUUGGAAUAUUGGCCUCCAAGUUACAGAUAUGGAAAGCUUAUCUAAUAUGACUGUUCAAUCCGACAAAUAUGGCCUCCAGGUUGCUAUUCAUGCUAUUGGAGACAAGGCCAAUGACUUGAUCUUGGAUAUGUAUAAAUCAGUUGUUUCAACAAAUGGGAAGAGGGAUCGAAGAUUUCGGAUUGAACAUGCUCAACAUUUGAGUCAUGGAAGUGCAGCCAAGUUUGGUGAACAAGGGAUUAUUGCUUCAGUGCAGCCAGAUCAUUUGCUGGACGAUGCUGACUCAGCAAUUAGAAAAAUCGGGGUAGAGAGGGCGCAAAAAGGAUCUUAUUUAUUUCAGACACUCCUUACUAGCAAUGCACUUGUUGCAUUUGGUUCUGAUUGGCCAGUAGCAGAAAUCAAUCCUUUGAAUAGCAUAAAGACUGCAGUUAAAAGGAGGCCUCCUGGUUGGGAUAAACCUUGGAAUUUAGGCGAGUGCAUGAAGCUUACGGAUGCAUUAAAUGCGCAUACUAUUUCAGCUGCUGAAGCAUGCUUUCUUGAUGAGGAAAUCGGGUCAUUAUCUUCUGGAAAAAUGGCUGAUUUUGUGGUGCUGAAUGCACAUACUUUGGAUGACUUAAUAACACAAGAAGAAACCUCUUCAGUUGCAGCUACAUAUGUUGGUGGUGUGAAAGCUUACCCUUGAUAUUUAUGAUCCGUGUACACAAUUGUAUAACCAGAACUAAGAACUAAACGUAAUAGAACGAGACCAUUGAUGUCAAUGAGACAAAAAUUCCAAUAUUGUGUUCCACACGAAAUGGUGGAACAUUGGCUCGCUCUCAAUCUCUCGUAUGUGCAAAAGACACAAAUGCCCUCCCCAUCAUGAGAAUAGCCUUAGAAAGCUGGUCCUCUCCCAUGUAACAAAACGAGAGUUAUGAGGCAAAAUUACUUGUUUUCUUUAUCUUAUCUAUUUGAUCUAUAAUAUGAAUCUUAAUGUAACACCACUAUAUAUGAAUUUCUCAGUUUACAAAUUUAAACCAUAUUGA